UGGAGGAGGAGGCGGAGCCGUGACGCGCUCAGCCUAGUAGGUAUCGAGGCAAAAAAAUGGGUAGAAAAGAUGCUUCUACUGCAAGAACUCCUGUUGAUCAGUACAGAAAACAAAUAGGAAAACAAGAUUACAAGAAAACCAGGCCAAUGUUAAAAGCGACGAGAUUAAAAGCAGAGGCCAAGAAAACCGCACCAGGCAUAAAGGAAGUCAGUCUUGUCCUUGCAGCUAUAUCAGUCUUUCUGCUGGCUUGUUAUGCUUUCUUUUAUCUGAAACUAUCUGAAGAGGUUGACCUUGAUCUGGAUCAAGAUAAAAACUAGCAGAUGUAUUUUUUUCAGCUUGCUUCUGGAAAAGCAUCAUCUUGACCACUUCAGAUUGCAAACAAACUGUCUCUUCACUGAGGUGCACAUAAUUUGAACCAGUUCCAGCAGUUCAAAGGCCAAUACUACUCAUGAUAAUAGCUCAGUCAACCUUAAAGAUUUUUACAAAGAAUCACACGGAGCAAGCUU